GCACUCAGGAGAGGACUCGGCGCAGGCGGCCAAUUUCGUGCCUAGAGAGAAACAGAAAUGCGCGAGACCGAACUGACGUGCGUCAUUGUCCUACUUGUGGCGAAGGCACAGGUCACGUGCUCGGUCGACCACGUGACGUAGCGGAGGCGAGCGGGUGACGUCAUCGCGCAUGUUCAGUUCUUGUUUCACGGAGUGUACGGUUCACUGAUCUUGGCGCGGUGGCCGGAACUGCUACGUGCAGUGGAAUCUAUUAACUGAGCCAAUAGGCUACUUGGAAUCCUGUUUCUUGGCCAAGAAUGGUACGCCAAGGCAACCAUCCAUUUGUAGCCAUUCUCGGGCCUGUUUAAGGAUUAGAAAGAGCAUCUUUAAUAAUCCUGAACAUUCCUUGAUGGGCCUAGAACAGUUUUCCCAUGUUUGGAUCUUGUUUGUUUUUCACAAAAAUGGUCAUUUGAGCUAUAAGGCAAAAGUGCAGCCCCCUAGGCUGAAUGGUGCAAAGACUGGUGUGUUUUCCACAAGGAGCCCUCAUCGUCCCAACGCCAUAGGAUUGACCCUGGCCAAGCUGGAAAAUGUGGAAGGUGGAGCUGUUUACCUGUCUGGAAUUGAUAUGAUACAUGGCACACCUGUACUGGACAUAAAGCCCUACAUAGCUGAUUAUGACUCGCCACAGAAUUUGAUGGAGCCUUUAGUGGACUUUAAUUUACAGACUAACCAACCUAAGCCAAAAACUGUGUUCCAGUGUGAAGGCAAGAAUGACAGCUAUGACCAGCGACAGCUCUCAGGGUACAGUGACUCUCAGCCCCAUUGCAGCACUGAGGAGAAACCUACAUGUCCUGAAGACAGAACUUCCAAAGAAAGCUACCCGAGAUGUGACAGCACAGCGGAAGGCCAGGAGACCUUGCGUACGCACAGAGAAAGAGCAACGGAUUUUGGUUUGGAAUCAAGAAAUGAUCAGAGUCCUAGUGUGGCCAAAGAACAGAUUGUCCUGUGUGGCCUGGAAAAUAGCUGUCCAGAGGAAGGUACAGAUGAGGAGCCAAGGAGUGAGGAAGGAGCAGCGGAAGGAGCAGCGAUUCUGCAAGGGAGCAGUGUUGAUAUGCAGCCCGUGCCUCCUCUCUGCGGGGCCAGGAGGGCUGAUAGAGCUCCCCACAGUGUGGUUCCUGCCUGGGUGAGAGAGGCCCCUGUGGCCCCUUUACAAGUGCGGUUUACUCCUCAUGCUGAGAAGGAGCUGGGGCAGCUCAGUUCAGGAGGUGAACCAGGUGUGGAUCAGCCGUCUUUUAGGUAUUUUCAGUCAGCAGAGGAAGCGAGGCAUGCGAUUGAGGCCGUGCUGGCAGCUGAUCCUCGGUCCGUGUAUCGCCGCAAGCUCUGCCAGGACCGCCUUUUCUACUUCACUGUAGACAUAGCACACGUCACUUGCUGGUUUGGGGAUGGCUUUGCAGAAGUUCUAAAGAUCAAGCCAUUUCUUAGCCCCUGCAGCUGACUGCCCUGCAGAGCCCUUGGUGUCCCUGGGAUCUUAAGCUUCCAUCGUGGUUGAGACAGUCCCAUUGACCUCUGCAUGUGACUUCUGGGUUUUCUGUUCAAGCUGAUAUUGUGUCUUCUUUGCAGAAAGAAGCAAUACUUUGUGCUCUGUUUGAUUGGUAAUGUUCAAAAUAUUUAUUUGGAAAAACAUUAAUACAUUUAACUGGGAGAUAUAAAAUAUGGAGUAAUCACCAGAUGCUUUUUGACCUGCCGAUAUUGAAGAAUCCAAAGGUGAUACUGUCUCACUGUUUUUAUAAAGAAGCUUGUAGUUCUUUGCAUUUGAUCAGAUGAGGCAGAGAUCAUUCUAGUGGAGGUUUUCAAGUUAGAAUUGAUCUGUUGCACAGUUCACAUGGGUUUUCCUGUCUGGAAGAGCCUGACCUCUCUCUCAAAUUGAGUUAUAGCAUCUUUUUUUUUUCACCAUUUUAUUUAAAAUUUUUUUUUAAUUGUUGAUGGACCUUUAUUUUAUUCAUUUAUUUAUAUGUGAUGCUGAGAAUCGAACCCAGUGCCUCACACAUGUGAGGCAAGUGCUCUACCACUGAGCCACAACCCCAGCCCAAAUUAUAGCAUCUUAAGAAGCUAACACAUAAAAAACAAGUGAGUAUAGAGAGUUUUAGAGAUUAAACCUCUGUAUUUCAGAGACUUUUUGACAGAUACACACACAUGUAUAUAUUUAAUCCUGAUUCCAAAAUAAAGACUCUGAUAUUUC